UGGCGGCACUGUGCGCCUGCGCGGAUGCGGCCCAGCGGGGGAUGCGAAGCCCCCCAGCCGGAAAAGCUCUGGUUGAAACCAUGUCUGCUGAGUUGGCUCCGUCAUGUGACAAGGACAACAGUGCUCUUCCGGCUUUCAGAGGAAUCUCUAUCUCGGAGCUGCGGAACCACAGCCUUCUCCGUGCCCUGACAGCAGACGCUCACGGAUGGGAACCCCCCGCUGUGAGUACAGAGGUGCUCCGAGCCCAAGAGGAAUGGGAAGCCGUGGACACCAUCCAGCCAGAGACAGGGAGCCAGGCCCACCCCGAGCAGCCUGGGCAGCUCGUCUCCUUCAGUGAAGCUCUGCAGCACUUCCAGACAGCGGACCUCUCCCCCUUCAAGAAAAGAAUCCAGCCAACUGUUCGAAGGACCGGGCUCGCCGCCCUCCGGCACUGCCUCUUUGGGCCUCCAAAGCUCCACCAGGGCCUUCGGGAAGAAAGGGACUUGGUUCUGACCAUUGCUCAGUGUGGCCUGGAUAGCCAAGACCCAAUGCAUGGCCGAGUCCUCCAGACCAUCUACAAGAAGCUGACCGGCUCCAAGUUUGAUUGUGCCUUGCUCGGAGACCACUGGGAGGACCUGGGCUUCCAGGGAGCGAAUCCAGCCACAGACCUGAGGGGGGCAGGCUUCCUUGCCCUCCUGCACCUGUUGUAUCUGGUGAUGGACUCAAAGACCUGGCUGAUGGCACAGGAGAUCUUCCGCCUGUCUCGUCACCAUAUCCAGCAAUUCCCCUUCUGUCUAAUGUCAGUGAAUAUCACCCGCAUCGCUAUCCAGGCCCUGAGAGAGGAGUGUCUCUCUAGGGAGUGUAACCGACAGCAGAAGGUCAUCCCAGUGGUGAAUAGCUUCUAUGCGGCCACUUUCCUCCGUCUUGCCCACGUCUGGAGGACGCAGCGGAAGACCAUCUCGGACUCAGGCUUCGUCCUUAAAGACUUGGAAAUGUUGGCCAAGAAGAGCCCCCGACGACUGCUCAAGACCCUGGAUGUCUACCUGGCAGGAGUGGCAAAGGGCCAGGCCUCCUUGUUGGGGGCCCAGAAGUGCCCUGGGCCGCCUAGCCCUCACUCCAAGGACCUCACCUUCACGGGUGUGUGUGACCUGCAGCCUCAUUCCACCGAAGGAUCCGGGCUGAUCUGAGCCUGCCUCUGCCCCAACCGAGCACUCGAAAGACUUUGAGGCUGGGCCACCGGGGCUCUCCUAGUGGUACAUGGCAGGCCAUGUCCACAGCACCCUAGCCAAGCAGGCAGGUGUAGGAAGCUCCCAAGCCGGCAGGAGACAUGGGGCAGCUAGAUGUAUCCCCGCUCCCAGCAGACCUGACCUGCCUCUAGGGCUGGGUUCCAGGUGUCAGAGCAGGUAGUGAAUGGAUCCCUGGACAGGGCAGAUUACCAAGAGAGAGCACAUGGCUUAAAGUAGAAUUUGAAAUGGGGACGACGGCAGUGGCAACAACAAGCAGGGGGCAGCAUAAGCCAGGAUAAGCUGUUGUGCUCCACAUAUGGACCUUGCUUUCCUCCAGUCCCCAGGCCAGGUCAACAUCAGGGCCCCUCUGGGCCUUGGCACCUAACACUUGUCCCACCCUGCUCUCUCAGCCCCUGCCCUCCAGGGCUCACCAUCCAGAAAGGGGCUUCAGUGCUGGGGCAGUUCUAUCCUAGCAGUCCCAAGCUGAGGCUUCCUCGUGUGGAGGCUGCACAUGUCUAUAAGGGUGGAAGGAAGGAGGAAAUCUUCACACCAGCACUUUCCCAGUAAAAGAACUGUUCUCAUUUAA